AUGGUUGUUCAGGUGCCGAAAGGUGAGGUUUUGAUGGGAAGGUUGCGAAGUCGGCUGCAAUUCAACGGGAAUGCGCACAACGUGUUUGCGAAAAUGCCUGAGAGAAACGUUUUACCCGGAGAGUCACCUUUCAGGCGGGUAUGUGUGAGGCUAAUGACGACUAGCAAGCGUGUUCAAGAUCGGAGCAAGGAGAAGAGAGUCCGCGAGCUCGAAGUAGCGACAGAGAAAUGGAAAAUAGUUUCCAAAUUGAUGUUCUUGAUGGAGACGUUGAAGAGUGAGCGAGAUAUGAUAAUGACGGUCAGGUCCUUGGAGCAGUACAGGAGGCAGAUCAAUUUGCCUAAACCGCACAAGAUCAGCGAUUUCAUCAGAAAGUCUCCGAAGCUGUUCGAGUUGUAUAAAGACCAGAGAGGAGUCUUGUGGUGUGGAUUGACAGAGGAAGCGGAGGGCUUGUUGGAGGAGCAUGAUAGGUUGCUUGAGGAGAACGGAAGCAAAGCUGCGGAACAUGUGACCAGGUGUUUGAUGAUGUCUGUUGAUAAGAAGCUUCCUUUGGAUAAGAUUGUUCAUUUCAGGAGGGAUUUUGGGUUGCCUCUUGAUUUCAGGAUAAACUGGGUGCACAAGUUUCCUGAGCUGUUUAGAGUUGUGAAACUUGAGGAUGGAGAAGAGUAUCUUGAGCUUGUUUCAUGGAAUCCAGCUUGGGCUAUUACAGAGUUGGAGAAGAAGAGUUUUGGUUUAACAGAGGAAAGCGAUGAUCACAAGCCAGGUCUGCUUUCGUUGGCUUUCCCAAUGAAGUUCCCUCCGUCGUACAAGAAAAUGUAUAGGUACAGAGGGAAGAUCGAGCAUUUUCAGAAACGGUCUUACUUGUCUCCUUACGCUGAUGGGAGUGGACUCGAAGCUGGUUCGAAGGAGUUCGACAAGCGGGCGAUUGCGGUUAUGCACGAAGUGCUUAGCUUUACACUUGAGAAGAGAUUGGUGACGGAUCAUUUGACUCAUUUCAGGAGGGAGUUUGUGAUGCCGCAGAAGCUGAUGAGGAUUUUCUUGAAGCAUUGUGGUAUCUUUUAUGUUUCUGAGAGAGGGAAGAGAUUCAGUGUGUUCUUGACAGAAGGUUACGACGGGACUGAGCUUAUUGAGAAGUGUCCUUUGGUGCUUUGGAAAGAGAAGUUGCUGAGGUUUACUGGUUACAGAGGAAGGAAGAGAGAUAUUCCGACUUAUAAUGAUACUUUGGAGAUGGAAGAGAGAGAGUUGCUUGAUAGUGGCUCAGGAGAUGAAAGUUUGAGUGUUGGAUUUGAGAAUUAUGGUGAUGAUUUGGUAACAGAUGAUGAUGAUGAGAUGGAUAUUGAUGAAGUGAAUGAUGCAUAUGAAGAAGAUAAUAACGAAGUUUAG